AUGUUGCAUGAAGCAGAACGUGUUGGUGAUAUCGACUUAAUGAUUCGGCGAUCUGAUAAUGCCGUGAUAGGUCCACGACUAUCAGCGGAAAAUCCUUCGGCAGCUACCGAUCAACAAUCAACAAUUUCAUUUGAUCAAAAACGAGCAUUAUUUGAUGAUAAAUGCACUAUUAAGAAUAACAGCUGUAAAGGAAUUCGAAAACAAAAACAUUCUCCGGUGCGUAAAUGGUCAACCGGAAAUUUCAACAAACACCCGGAGAAUGCUCCUUCUGUUACGGUUGCUGCUGUUACACAUAAUGUGAAAGAUGGAAUUGUUACGCGUAGCAACUCGUUUUUAUCAUCAUUUUCAACUCCGGAUGAUGAUGAUCCACGAAUGGCUUAUGUGAGCGGAAAAUAUGUAAUGCGACAUUCACGCGAACGUUUUUCCAGUCGUACAUCAUUGGCUAGUAGUACAUCAUGCUCAAUUACCGGUGGUGGAGGUGAUCCGGAUUAUCGUGUCACAUCGUUGCAUGAUAAGCCAAAACCUGGUAAGCUGGCUGAUUUCAUACCGGAAGUGGAACGGAAAACGGAUGCUGGCUAUGAUCAGGAUGAUGGUGCUUCCGCUUACAGUUCCAGCUUUUCCAGACGAGAAAGUGAUGUCGACGGUUUUACGAAUUUGUUCACCAGUGAGGAUGAUGGUGAAGUACCGCUUGUAUUGCGUAAUUAUGAUAUUACGCCAGUUCGAAGCGUCACAACAUCACCAAUACAACAUAAGAUAAGUUAUUGGAUGAAGAAAGAUGAAGCAAAAACGAUGUCACUGCCGAGAAAUAUUGGUGGCGAAUAUCGACGAAAUGGUUAUGUGAUACCGUGCAACCUUCCAAAUGUUAUCAAGUCGACCAUUCAGAGAGAAGUAAUAAUGCCCGAAGAAAAUAGCAUCAAUGAUAAUAAUGAUCAAACGAAGACAACG